CUAAAGCACUUUAAAGUAAAGCUAAAGUCUAUCUCAUUAUCGGUAACUGCCCGCUUUUAUGAAGAUGCUUUGAAGGUCAAAUCAGCUGAUCGACCCCAGUGGUCAGGCCAGGGGUCGUGAAGGUGGGAGUGACUAACGGAAACAGACAUGAGGGAGCAUCACCCUCUGAUUGGGCGCCUUUGUUCUUUUAAAUCAGAGUGUCCUUUACAUCAACGGGCCUCCUGGGGGAUAUGAAGACGUCUUUUACAGUAUGGGCUAAUGCUGCCUUCACUACCGCAAGGAGUUUUUUGUUUUUUUCAAGCUGCAGGGGUAAUGGAGUUGUAAUAAUCUACACGCAAGGAAGAUGGCCUGUCAGAGACAUGAAAAAGCAUGCAAACUGAGGGAGGAGGUGAGCUGCAUGCUGGUUGGUGAUGGAGCUGUGGGGAAGACCAGCAUGAUCAUCAGUUACAUCUUUAAUGGAUACAACAGCGAGUACAGACAGACAGCGUUUGAUGUUUUCUCUGGUUUGGUGCACGUGAAUGGAAUCCCAACUCGUAUCAAGCUUAUUGACACAGCAGGACAGGAGGAAUUUGGACAUCUUCGCUCUUUGUGCUAUGCCCAUGUGGACGUCUUCAUCCUCUGCUUCAGCCUGGUCAACCCUGUUUCCUUUGACAACAUCACCUCCAAAUGGAUCCCACAGAUCCGCACUGGAAACCAGACCUCUCCCAUCAUUCUGGUAGGGACUCAGUCGGACCUUUGCCACAAUGUUGAAAUUCUCAUUCACCUGGACCAGAUUUUGAACACCAAACCUGUGAACAUCAGGAGGGCCAGGAGGCUGGCGCACAGGAUCCGAGCUCAGGACUAUGUGGAGUGUUCAGCUCUGACACAGAACAACCUGAAAGAUGUUUUUGAUUCUGCUAUAGCUGCAGCUAUCAAGCACAAGCAGGCCGGUGGAGCAAAAUCUAAAAAGCUCAGCCCACUAAAGCGCUUCAAGACUUUUUGUGAUUUUGGAUGGAGGAAAAUCUUCUAUUUAAUCUGAAGUGGAAUCAAACAGUGGAUUGAAUGAACUCAAGCUUGGUUGAAACAGUGUUUUGGUGUGAAAUUAUGCAUUUGUAUCAAAACAUUUCUCCAACAACUAAGUGUGCA